AUGAUUAAAAGGAACGGUGAUAAUGUAUUUGCGAUCGCGUCGAGCAACAAUCAGUGUCAAGGCGGCCGGAGCGCUGUCUCGCUCUGCGGCGCCGCCACGAGGAUCCCGCGAGCCACUGCUGCCAGGAUGACGCAGCCCGACGCGCAUCAAAACACCAAGGAGGCGAACAUCGCUUUAUCAACUUACGUGGAAAAGUGGAAGAACAGAUACGAGGAGGCCGAGAGGAAGCACAAAACGUACCUCCUCAAAUCCGAAAAAGCAAAACGUGAGCACGAUGACCUCCAGCGUCGGUACAACAUCGUCACAGAAGAACGAAAUCACCUCGAAGCUGAACUCAAUGACAGGGAGAAGGAACUCAACAAGCUUCGAGCCGUAUCCGAGAAGCUGUUUAAAGAAUAUCAACAACUCAAGAACCAACAUGAGAUUGAUACUGGGGUUAUGCAAAAGGUAAUGCAGCAGGCGGGAGAGUGGUACAAACAGAAUAAGCAACUGAAGAGACGAAGUACCGCGCUCCUGCACGCUCUACCUGCUACGGUCGACAUCGACCUAACCGAUGCCAAUGAUGCAGCAUCAGACACGAGUAGCAACGAAGAGGUAGAGUUCCUCAAGCGUACAGUGAGUGAACUCAGCGAGCAAGUAGCCACCCUGCAGACCGAAGUGAACGCGGCCCGGCUACACGAGUUCGAAGCCCACGAACUAAAUGUACAACUUACACAGGAGUUGGAGACAGAACGGGAGAAGACUGUCCAGCAGACUAAGGAAUUGGAAGAGUUACGUAAAGAGCUGGAGCGACACCAUCGCGUGUCCAAGCUACUGCUGGAUGAGAUGGCUGCUCUCAAACAUGAUGCUGAUAAGGACCGGGAGUUGGCUUUGACGUACAAGUCGGAGGCGCGCGACGCGACGAAGCGCGCGACGGUGCUGGCGCACCGCUCGGCGCUGCUGCUGGGCGAGCUGGGCGAGCUGGGCGCCGCCGGCCGCCUGGGCCUGCUGCUGGCCGAGGUGGACAGCCUGCGCGACGCGCUCGAGCUGCAGGCGCUGCGCCACCGCGACCAGCUCGAGGACCUGCAGUUAAAGUUAGCAGAAAAACAAGAGGAUACAGAUAUAUUCUUGUGGGAAGAAAAGAUAAAGUUAGCUGAAGAAGACGCGCAGAAAGCUCUAGAACGAGCGGAAAGAGCGGAGAGGAAGUUAGCCGAAAUAGAGAAGAAACCGAAGAAAUCCAACCUUAUGUCCAGAAUUAGCUAUUUUGAAAAUGGCGGCAAUGAAAAGAAAGAGAAGAUAUUGGAUGUCAAAGUCAAAGAAGAUGUUGUAGAAGAGAAGAUAGUUAUAGAACCGCAACAGGAACCACCAAAACCACAAGAACCAUUACCUGAACCGGAACCAGAACAGCCAUUACCCCCACAACCCUCACCAGUACCUCCCUGUCCACCUACCAUGCCUCCCCCUCCUCCACCUCCCACAAUGCCUCCUCCACCCCCACCACCGCCACCCCCCAUGGCAUUUAAACCACCCUCCAGUGUAGAGGAUAUGGCGGACAUGCUCGCUAGCAAAGGAGCGCAAUUGAAGAAGACUAAACAAAAUGGAGGCGGUGCAAUAGACGCGAUAGUGGACCAAAUCAAAGGUGGCAAAUUCCAACUUAAGUCCAGAGAGCAGAAUUUCAUGGAGAAAAAACCUAAAGACGAACAGCCUGAAGCUGUAAAGGAAAUGUUACAGAUCCUUGGCACUUUGCGCAAGAGACGGAAUGUGAAUAGGCCCAAUAUAGUGCCGGAUGAA